GCGCCUGCGCACUACGCGCCCCGCCGCGGCUUCGGCGGGGCUGUGGGCGUCCGGAGUAUGGGCGGGCUCCCCUGUGCGCCGCCGAUUGGCGGGGUGGGUGCUGUCCUCCUGGAAAGGGGGUGUCCUGCUGCUCUCCCGGAGCCCCCUUUCCCCGUCACUUCCACCCUGGCCCCCGAGCCCCGCUGGCCGUGGGGUUCGGGGAGCGGCCGCAGGUGGGCCCGGGGCUGGAGGUCACUCGGCCGCCAUCCAGCGGGUCUUGGCCUUUGGAGCUUCCGAGCACACCGGGUUCAGACCUGCACCCCACGAGCCCAGGAGGCAGUGGUCCCCGCCCCGGCUGGGUUGCCCCAAGGCACCCACCUCCUUCGAGGGGCCUCGGGGCGGUCCGGACGGCUGAGGGUUCAGAGCUCGCCCUCUCCUUGCCCGAGAUCUGCAGCCUGGCCUCUCUUCAAUCGCAGGCGCCUCGGGCUAAAUCUAUCCUCCCCGAGACCCGUUCGGCUUUCCAGGAAUCUCCUUCCGAGACCUGGUGCCACCUGUUGCCUUGUUCCCACUAAGCCAUCAAGAUCUUUGGCCCAGCUUCCUUUGAACUCUUCUGCCCCCUGCAGCAUGAGCUGGUUGCUCAGAGUUCCAGUGCCAGGAAGAACUGCCCGUGCUCGGAGAGCUGGAGGGAGGAGCGAGGACUUCACCUGGGAAGACGGAGAAAGGCUUUGAGGGGAGGCGCAGUUAUUUGUGUUGACCUUGAAAGAGAUGUGGUAUGGUGUGUUCCUGUGGGCACUGGUGUCUUCUCUCUUCUUUCAUGUCCCCGCUGGAUUACUGGCCCUCUUCACCCUCAGACAUCACAAAUAUGGUAGGUUCAUGUCUGUAAGCAUCCUGUUGAUGGGCAUCGUGGGACCAAUUACUGCUGGAAUCUUGACAAGUGCAGCUAUUGCUGGAGUUUACCGAGCAGCAGGGAAGGAAAUGAUACCAUUUGAAGCCCUCACUUUUGGCACUGGACAGACGUUUUGCGUCGUGGUGGUCUCCUUUUUACGGAUUUUAGCUACUCUAUAGCAUACAUCCUUAUGCUGAGAUGUUGAACCUAAACUUUAUGGAAUCCUCCAAAAGAAUACAUUAGGGAGUGUAGAAUUUUCUUGGUUCUUCAAAUGAAGCAACUUGGAUGAACGGGAAUGUGAAGGACAGCAUCUUAGCCUUUUCUUCAGUUUGAAGUUCCUGGAAUUUAAGACUUGUGGACUCCCAUCGUUCUUAACCAAAACAUAACAAGUCUUCUGGCUUUCUUUUUUGUAGAUACUUAAUUUAAGCAGUUUUCACAUGUAUCUUUACCCAAGUCAAGUCAACCGUGUCUCUGGGGUGGUAUCCCUUGCACUGAAAUUUACAGUAUUCUGUGAGAUGUUGCAUAUUUUGGAAGACUAUGGAAGAGGCUGGUUUAUUUCAAAUGAGCAGAGUAUGUUGUAUUAAAAUCUUAGUUUAUCUAGUCUUGAUUAAUAUUUGGUAAACUCUUUUCUUUGCUGCAUCUUAGUGACAAUAAAUGCCAAAUAGGUUUUGGUUGAGUAUAGCUUUGAAAACAAAUUUGAUGAAAUAAAACAGGAAAAAAAAUUUAAAUAUAACUCAAGUAGUGGCUGUGGUUCCACUAAGUACAAAGUGGGUAACAAUGACUGAUGUGACAUUUUCUGGACAACUAUCUUGACUUCCGAUUAAGAUAUUUUAAGAUGUGAAUUUGUUAUUUUGUAUGUUUUGUUUAAAUAAGCUAGCUAAUUUAGACUUUUUAAGAAGAUUUUCUGUACUGCCUUUCCCUAUCACUUUUAAUUCUCUUGAUUUUAUUUCAUUUAAUUGGAAACACACAUACCCUAUUAAAUGGCUUGAGUUGGAAAUUUUAAGCCAGAUUGGUUUGGGCAUUGAGGCACAGGUAAGAUUCUUUAAACAUUCUGUUGUAGUUUUUCUUAGUAACUUUUGUUUACUAAUGACCCUUGAGACACUGUAGAAGUGCAUCUGAAACUAGACUCAGUGGUUAUUGAUUUUUUAGCUUAAUGUGUUUGCCUAUGGGUGACUCUUCAGCCUACUUCUACAGUAUUGGGUAUCAAGUCCCAGAAAGUGCCUGAAGUUUAAUUUCAGAUAUGCACCCACUCUCCCCUUUAGAUUUUUAUUCAAAAGAAUGUAUAUCUUUAAAGAGAGUUCAAUAUCAAUAGUUUCUUUAAUUUAAUUUUUAGCUAUUUUAUUUUAUUAUUUUUUUGAGACGGAGUCUCACUCUGUUGCCCAGACUGGAGUGCAGUGGCACAAUCUUGGCUCACUACAACCUCCACCUCCCAGAUUCAAGUGAUUCUCCUGCCUCAGCCUCCUAAGUAGCUGGGAGUACAGGCGCCUGCUGCCAUGCCCAGCUAAUUUUUGUAUUUAGUAAAGACGGGCUUUCGCCAUAUUGGCCAGGCUGGUCUCAAACUCCUGACCUCAGUUGAGCCACUGCCCAGCCAAUUUUAGCUAUUUUGAUUUUUAUUUUACUGCCUAACUUUCUUUUUCAUUAAAAGGCCUGAAAACUGUGACUUUCUGAAAGGGAAAGAUUCGCAGAAAUUAAGUAUCUAAUAUGAUCCCUACCACCUAAACUGUUUUCUCUUGAAUAUAAUCCGUGUGGUGGUAGUGAUUGUUAUCUGUCUUCAGGAUAGUUUCUGGUAAUUAAAUCUGACUUUUUUUUUUUUGAGACGGAGUUUCGCUCUUGUUACCCAGGCUAGAGUGUAAUGGCGUGAUCUCGGCUCACCACAACCUCCGCCUCGUGGAUUCAGGCAAUUCUCCUGCCUCAGCCUCCUGAGUAGCUGGGAUUACAGGCACGCACCACCAUGCCCAGCUAAUUUUUUAUACUUUUAGUAGAGACGGGGUUUCAUCAUGUUGACUAGGAUGGUCUCGAUCUCUUGACCUUGUGACCCACCCGCCUCGACCUCCCAAAAUGCUGGGAUUACAGGGGUGAGCCACAGCGCCCGGCCUAAAUCUGACAUCUUUAAAGGAAAGUUUUCAUUGUGAGAUUAAGGCUAACAGCUCAUGAGGUCAUAUGUACAUGAACAUAUCUAUUCCAUUUAAAGCAAUAUGCACUCUGGCUUCUGUUUAAAAAUAGCCAGGAGGAGAGUCUCUGAAUGUACUGUGAUUCUGGAGUCUGCCCAAUUUGAGGAAAAAAAAAAAAAGGAAAAAGUCAGGAGGACCAGUUUGCCAGGGAAAUUCAUAGAAAAGAAUUACAAAGAGAUCACAAAAAUUGGACAUUUUCUUUUGAGUAAUUAGACCACUUAUGACUGGGCACAGUGGCUCACACCUGUAAUCUCAGCACUUUGGGAGAUCGAUUUGGGAGAAUUUCUUGAGCCCAAGAGUUCAAGACUGGCCUGGACAACAUAGCAAUACUUCAUCUCUUCUGAAAAAUAAAACAAAACAAAAAAAUAGCUGGAUGUGGUCCCUGCUACUUAGGAGGCUAAAGUAGAAGGAUCACUUGUUCCUGGGAGGUUCAGGCUGCUGUGAGCCAUGAUAGCGCCGCUGAACUCCCAGCUUAGGUAACAAGGCAAGACCCUGUCUCAAUAUUAUUAAUUUUGAUAAUUGACAUACCAAAAUUAUAGUGACAUAUACUCAGCAGAAACUUAUAUGUAGAGUUGUAAUUCAGCCACAUACUCUUAAAAAUUCUCCAACAAGAAGCUCAAAUCUUUUCUUCCAAGCAGAUUGUAAAAAAUUCUAGUUUUUAGUUUAAAAGCUGUGAUUUUCAGAAGUAUCCCCUCAGUUUGAGAAAUUUGGGGAAUUUGUAUCGUUUAUUAUGGGAAAUGAUUUCCAUCAUCUCUAUUGAAGAAUGUCUCUUACUGAAGAAUGCCUGUUGAAUGAGUUCUCACCGAAAACAUUCUUUGGAGAUAUAUAUAUAUAUAUAUAUAUAUAUAUAUAUAUAUAUUUUUUUUUUUUUUUGAGAUGGAGUUUCGCUUUUUGUUACCCAGGCUGGAGUGCAAUGGCGUGAUCUCAGCUCACCGCAACCUCCACCUCCUGGGUUCAGGCAAUUCUCCUGCCUCAGCCUCCCGAGUAGCUGGGAUUACAGGCACACGCCACCAUGCCCAGCUAAUUUUUUGUAUUUUUAGUAGAGACGGGGUUUCACCAUGUUGACCAGGAUGGUCUCAAUCUCUUGACCUCGUGAUCCACCUGCCUUGGCCUCCCAAAGUGCUGGGAUUACAGGCUUGAGCCACCUUGCCCAGCCUCUUUGGAUAUAAUUUCAUACACUAAACAUGUGGGCCAGUAGUUAGUAGGCCCGUCCCCUUAAAUACUAAUUUUUGAAAUACUAAUCCAUGAUUAAAAUGUUAGAUAUUUUUCACUGGAGCUAAGUCAUAAAGUUAGGGCAUUUUGAAAGGUGUCUUUGUUUCUGUUUCUUUUUUUUUUUUUUUUGUUUCUGUUUCUUGUUUGAUAUAUUUUGAUUACUCUUUUUAAAAACUUUCCAUAUAAAAAGUAUCUUCAAAUUAUUGAAUGCUUCAUACAUCCCAAUAUAAAUGAAGCUCCUGUGAGUAAAUAUAUAGAGAGACUUGAAAUAGAUUGAGCUGUGUAGCUUAAUCUUUUCAGGGAAAGACUAUUUGAAUGAUAAGGAAUAUCUUUGAUUUUCUUUUUUUAUUUCUCGGAGAAUUAUUUGGGAGUGGUCACUCAGAGGGAAGAAUAUUGGCAAUUGUGUUGAACAUUUUACCUUACAUAGUGUUGAGUCUUUUUGCCAAAAACUGAUUUCUUGGAAACAUCCUCCCCUAGCUAUGCUUUUUAAAAAAAUAAAGGAGAGGGAGGCAGCCUCCCGAACAUAAAAGCUGAUUUCUUGAUUUUUUUUUUGAGAUAGAGUCUUGCUCUGUUGCCCAAGCUGGAGUCCAGUGGCGUGGACUCAGCUCACUGCAAUCUCCACCUCCCAAAUUCAAGUGAUUCUCCUGCCUCAGCCUCCAAGUACCCAGGAUUACAGACACCAUAAUGCCCAGCUAAUUUUGGUAUUUUUAGUAGAGAUGAGGUUUCACCAUGUGCCAGGCUGGUCUUGAACUCCUGACCUCAUAUAAUCCACCCACCUCGGCCUCCCAAAGUGCUGUGAUGACAGAUGUGAGCCACCGUACCCAGCCUUCUUGAUUCUUGAACUUGGGGUUUUGUAGUGAAAGCAUUUCAUGAAACUUAAGUUCAUACACAAGAGCAUCAUGAAUUUCUAAGAGAGAGGUGUCUCUUUGUGCUGUUAACAUUUUUUUUUUUGCCACAAAAUAUUACUCCUUAUGAAAUGUUUAAACUAGUGAGGAAAAAUUCAUUAAUUACCUUUAAACCCUUCCUUAUUUUUAAGAUUUUAAAUUGUAUUUUGGCUUUUGACUCCAGUAUCCUUUCUGGUUGCUCUGGUUUGAAUUACGUUCCUGUUAUGCUGCAGCACACGUCAGCCUUCCCUCGGUAACCAUUUCCUGGAAUGUGAAGCCUCGGUGCCAUUAGCAGACCAUAUGCAGAAAAUGUUGUGUACCUGCGUUUCUUUUUUGUGCACUCUUGAAGGCUGGUUGUGACUAAAAUCAGCUAAACUUUUUAUAUUAUGUUAUUUCACUAACUGCUAGAGUGAAAAUGAUCAAAUCUUUGUACAAUAGAAAAUUAUUUAAAUUUUAUUUUUCUACUGACAUUUCUAUUCUAGUGUAAAUGUUUAUCAAUAAAAAAUUACUUUCAA